AUGGCCGAGUAUAACAGCGCGGUCGAGCCGAAGAUGCCGGUGCUGAAGGGCGAGACGUUGAAGGACUUCACCAGAUACAAGAGGGCAGUUCAGGCGGCGGAGCUGAGUUGCGAGAGUAAGGAGUCGAAGCAGGCGCUCGGUCCGAAACUGUAUAGGAACUUGCUGGGCGCAGACAACUCCAUAAGCGUGCUGAUCGAGCAGGCGAAUCCCAAGGACUACUCGACGGAGGGCGGCGCCCAGAUACUACUACGAUUCCUCGAGGAGCAGCGCUUCGCCAAGAGCAGUUUCAGGGAGCUGCCGAAGGCGUUCGACGCCUUCUUCGACCAGACUCACUUCGAGAAGAAAGGCGAAGAGCCGAUGGCGGCGUUUUGCGCAGCGAUGGAGGUGGCGAAGCGCAACCUCGAGGAAGUGGACCCUGACACGAAGAUCAGUGCGAACGAGCUAGGGUACCACGCGCUGAAGAGAAGUGGACUCGACAAGGACGAGCGCAACCUAGUGAUAGCACGAGCAGAUGAGACCUUCAACUUCCAGAAGAUUAGCACGACGCUGAAGAACCUCUUCCCGCGAGGCGGAGGUCGGCACCGGGAUCGACAGGGAGCGCGGCCGAGCUGGCGAUGGGCAAACUACAACGUCGGCGAGCGCGACCCGGAGGACGAGGACCCGAACGUCGAGUGCGACGGGUACUGGGUCCAGGACGACGACGGCUACUGGUACGAGUGGGACGAAGAGCACGGUGUCUACGCGUUAGCGGAUGACGGCGACGACAACUGGGACAGCAGCGACAUGUUCUACAUCGAGGACGACACCGACGUCUACCUCGCGAGCGAGGACGACGAGCGCCAGCAGGCCUUCGUCACGCUGCGCGAGAGUAGGCUGAAGAUGAACAAGAUCCGGGCGGCUCGAGGUUUCUUCAAGGGACGAAUCGAUGGAGUAGUGGGCGAGAGCGCGGCGGCCGGUGGCAAGGCAGCCGGGAAAGGAAGCAAAGGCGGCAAGGGCAAGGACGGCGGCAAAGGUAAGUCCAAAGACAAGAGGCAAGGGCUUCAAGGGCCGCGGCAAGACUUCGAAGGCUCAAUCACGCCCACACUGGCGCGCGUCACGCCGGACAUGUUCCACCGAAAGGACGCCCAGGACCCGGGGCCUGCGACGGAGAAGUUCCAGGAGCCAGCCGAGCACGACAUCAUGAUGGUCACAGUGGAGAGCGACCCGAUCCUACCUGAAGUACCAGAAGUGGACGCGAUGAUCUCGAGCACGAUCGUGCCAGCCACCCUGGUGGACAGCGGCGCCUCCGUGGCGGUGGCAGGGCGCGGCUGGCUGGAUAAGAUCGCCGCGGAGCUCGAGAAGUAUGGUCUGAGGCCCAUCAUCGUCGAGGCGAGCCAGAAGUUCAAGGGACUUGGCGGCGCGCGACGUGAGGCGAAGCAGAAGUGGAUCAUCCCGAUAGGUAUUGGCAAGAAGCAUGUCCUGCAAGAGUAUUUCGAGAUCCCAGGCGACAUGGUCGGCCUGACGAGCAAGAAGAACCUGGCGGACUGGAAGACGAACCUGUGCCUGCGCGAUGACGGCCAGUGGGCCGACUUCCAGGAGCUCGGGGUGCACGACAAGGAGCUCAUGAAGCUUCCCGGCGGCCACGCGGAGCCCCUCUUCGAGAAGUUCCGCAUCAACGUCGAGAAAGUCGAGCUGGAGGUUUUCCUGGUCGCGGGGGCGCUGCAGGUGUCCAAGCCAGACUUCAGGGUCCAGGACGACGCCGAUCGGGGGGUCCAGGAUGCAACGAAAAAUGGGAACAAGGGGAUCUUCAAGAAGUUUACGCUCAAGCGGAUCGACAAGCUCAUGAAGGAGUAUGCGGUUAUAUUCGAUGCAUUGCGGGACAACAACGAGACGUUUCUCUGGGAGUUGUUCGCGAAGGAGGCUCGCUUUACUCAUGUAGCUUCGAUGGGUGGUCACGCGAAUGCGACCCCCUCGGACCUAUCAGUUGGCGUGAACUUUAACGACCCUCGGACGCGAUCCGAUUUCCUGUUUUUGAUUAGGACCUUCAAGCCCUGGGUGGUUUCGGUCGCAUUCCCGUGCGCCGCUCGCACGAACAUGCAGGAGUUACAGCGUGCCCGGGGCAUGGGCGACAGGGUGGACGACCUCAUCCAGGAGCUUCGCCGGGCGUGGCGUGAAGCCUCGAUCGUGGACCUGCUGAGCUGGCACGGGAACCAGCCGCCACUCUACGAGACGGUCACGCUACACCAGUGCAUGUACGGGCUCGUGGACAACUACGGCGACCCGAUUCGCAAGCCGACGUGCAUGAUGGUGCUCAACGGCUCGUGCUUCUCUGGGUGGCUCGAGCGCAGGUGCGACGGGGGCCGCCAGCGCGCCGACAUGGUCGGGCGGAGUACGGCACUGGCACAAGCGGGCGCCUGGCCGGACGACCUGGGCAAGGCUCUGGUGGGCGCCGGCACGCGCGAGCUGGCGCGACGGACAAGCCCGGAGGAGAUGGGCAUCGGUGACGGCGCGGCGAGGACCCCGAGCAAGCAGAUCGUGAAUGCAGUGGCCACGGCGUUCAAGCUAAGGAAAGAUCUGAUCGACGUACGCGUGUUGACGGGUGGCGAGGAGGGCGCACUGGCGGACUACAGCGACGCCUACGCGGGCGACCUGGGCUUCGGGACGAUCAAGCUGGUCAAGCGGUUCCCCACCGACACGGUGAUCGCAGUUUACGUGAAGGAGCCGAAGGUGCAGACGUUCUUCCCUGCGACGACGCUCCACCUCAACAUGAGCCACCCCUCUGCUCACGCACUGAAGCGUCGGCUGAAGUCCUGCGGAGCGUCGCGGGAAGUGCUGGAUGCGGUUGACAAGCUGGACUGCGGCGUGUGCAAGGAGCUCGGCAGGCCGACUGCGGUGAGAAGCUCCAACCUGAAGAUCUCGACGGAAUUCAAUGAGAACGUGUUCCUAGACGAAGCCGAGGUGAUUCUAGCAGACGGGACCCGACUGAUGGUCAUGGUGAUGCUGGACGACGCUUCGGGCUUCGGGGUGAUCAUCCCUACUACUGCAGUGAGGUCCAUCACAGGUGAAGAGAGCCUGCGAUGCUUUUCGCAAGGCUGGCUAUCGCGGGCUGGACCACCCAAGGUGCUGUACUACGACGCGGCCAAGGGUCACAUCGCGAAGCGGUUCGCAGAGAUCGGAGAGAAGUAUACCAUCCUGAUGAGGCCGGUCCCAGCAGAGGCGCCCCAGCUCAAGGGUCGAGCGGGGUGCGCGAUCGACUUCUUCAAGGACCACUUCCAGCGCCUGAACCGCGACGUGCAGCUCACUACGGACGACGAUCCGCAUGUGUGGACAUCGGUGAUAGCGAGCACGUGCAACAACCACAUUCGGCGGAACGGCUUCACCCCCUACCAAUACGUGCUGGGCAGGUCGCCUGGCACCCCGGCCUCGCUGAUCGAGGCGACGGAGGGCGACCGGAGGCAGCUGGCAUCACAGAGCGCGGCUCUCUUCGAGGAGGGCCCGAGGAGAGCAGAGCAGAUACGUGCGGCGGCGAACCGGGCGUUCUUCGAGCUGGACAGCGAUGACGCCGUCAGGAGGGCCAUGGUUGGCCGAGUUCGCCCACCGCGUGGACCAUUCAUGCCGGGCCAGCUGGUGUUCUACUGGCGCGAGGUGAAGCACGUGGAGUCGAAGAGGCUCCAGGGCGAGCACGGUCGGCGUGGGCCAGCGAUCGUGUUGGCGACCGAAGGCCACGCGAGGCUGCACCUCAGCUACCGCGGGGUGCCGGCGGAGAUGGUGGAGAACGAGGACUUGGUCAGGCAGCUCUCUCACUGGCGUGGUGGACCUACGCUACAGAAGGGGUUCAUCGAUGAGCGUGGACCUGGGCCAGAUGGGAGCGACAAGACGGGCGUGCGCCGCGAGAGGGGCGAGAAGGACUCGGACCACGAGGACGGCGUGAUCGACGCACCAACAGCUAAGGCGCCGCGUGCCGAGCCGGCUCCACCACCGUCACGGAGAACGUACCUGCACCUGGAGACCUACCUGAAGUACCACCACUACCGGGAGGAGGACCGUCUCCUCCAGAGCAAGCUACAGACCCACCUGCCGCAGCAGCUGGGCAGGGGCACUCCGUGGACCUGGACGCGGUGGCUGCGCCAGGUAUUCCGCAUCAACAGCAACCAGAGCGAGCUGAGCAACCAGAACCUGCACCACGACUCAGCUACAAGCGACGACCAGGAGGCAGAUCGCGAACGCCUACGACUACGACGCGAGGCUCUCAAGGGCAGCUCCAUGCGACUGCCGAAGGUAUCAGACGACCCCAUGGAUCAGGAGGCACUUUUCGUCAAGGUCAAGAAUCGCCAGAGGGGCGCGUUUCUGUCACGGAGGACCGAGGCGACGAAGAAGCAGGUCACUCCCAAGAAGGGUCGGGAGAUCCGCAGCACUCCCCAGGAGUGGAAGGCGGCUUUCGACGCGAGCGACCUGGAGGAGUGGCGCAAGUGGGUCGAGUACGACGCAGUGGACUGGAUGACCGAGGAGGAGCUCGCGGGGGUGGACAAGACGGCGAUCCUGCCCAUGAGGCGCGUUCGCACGGACAAGAACGAGGCGACGAGGUGCAACCUGUCGUACGAGCAGCACCCGCUCAAGGCGAAGUCCUUGAACAUCGUUCCAGGAUACAAGGACAAGCAGCUGCUUGCUGGCGAGUUGCAGACCAACGCUCUGACGGACACGGCCACGGCGGUGAUCCUGCAGGAGGCCGCUAGCCAGUUGGGCUGGAGGCUGGAACAGGGUGACGUCCACUCGGCAUUUCUCAACGGGAAGUACCUCGACAGCUCUCGACGCGUAUACUGUCGCGCGCCGAAGGGUGGCCUGCCAGCUGUGCCGGAGUUGGGCUGGCCAGCCGUUCCAGAAGGUACGGUUCUGAGAGCGAACAAGGGGAUCUACGGGCUGAAUGAUGCACCUUUGUUGUGGUACGAGGAGCAUCGCGACACCAUGCUGUCUCUUCGAGCAGCGUCGAGAUCGAAGUUGUGCCCGGCUCUCUUCAUCUUCCACGACGAGAAUGAGAAGCUGAUCGGCCUGAUCGGGACGCACGUGGACGACGACUUGGUAGCGGGUUCGCCCGAGUUCUUCGCUAACCAGGUGACCAAGCUGAGGAAGAUGCACUGCUACGGCAAGUGGCAGACGGCGAAGACCGGUUUCCAUCACUGCAGGAGAUUCCCCAAGCAGAGAGAUGAUGGCACCAUCACCUGCAGCCAGAGGGAGUACACCGAGAGCAUCGAGAAUAUUCCGAUCUCCAACGAGCGUCGCAAGGACAUGGAAGCGCAGGCUACACCCGAGGAGAGGGCGAUGCUCCACAGCGGCAACGGCCAGAUCCAGUGGCUGAUGCGAUCUACCUGUAUGGACUUGGUAUUCCGACUGGUGGAGAGUCAAGCGAGGGCCCACGACAGCGACCUGAAGGUUCAGGAUUUGCUGGACUUCAACAGGCUGGUGAGCGAUGCCAAGACGGACCACGUGGACAUCACUUCCCAGAAUAUCAACAUAGACGACGCGAUCGUGGUGGCGGUUGGAGAUUCGAGCCACGGCAACGUGGGCAAGACGAAGACCGCGAGUCAGGCGGGCCAGGUCAUCCUGCUAGCAGACAACAAGGACGAUCAGUUCCUCCGCGGGAUGCCUGCCAAGGUCACUCCCAUGUUGUGGCGGUCGCACCGUGUCAAGCGGGUGGUGCGCAGUACCCUGGCGGCCGAGACGAUGGCGGCGCUGGAGGCGGCCGAGAGUGGCGACAUGCUGAGGCAGCACCAGGUGGAGCUGCACUAUGGACUCGGCUACCGGACCCACAUGGACGAUGUGAAGGCGAUCAAGAUGGUGGAUGUCACGGAUUGUAAGUCACUGUACGACCUGCUCCAGAAGCGAGGGCCGGUGCCCUCCGAGAAGCGGCUGCUGAUCGAUAUCGAACCGCUCAGGAACGACCUGGAGUUCAACAACGUGGUGAGCAAGUGGGUGUGCACGAAGCAGAUGCUCGCCGACUGCCUAACCAAGCACGACGUCCGCGCUGGCGACUGCAUGAGGUAUGUGCUCCAGACCGGCGAGUACCGGCUGACGGAGGAUCUCAUGGCGGACCAGGUCAUCGCCAAGUAG